AUGGCCACCGUCCUGGUAGCCGCAUCGCCCGCCGGUGUCAGAGAGAGCGUGUAUCGUCGAACAAGGACCCUGCCGUGGUGCAGGACUGGAAUGGAUGAACAAGAUACAGAAUCGCGUUCAUGUUGUUAUGGCACGCGGGAGCAGGAGGCUGGCCCUUAUAGUCCAGCCGAUUGGCCCUGUAGCCUCUACACCGCCAGACCCCAACUAUGCAAGAACAACAAGCCUGAGCUACGGCACCUACCCCAAUCCACCCCCAACAGACAUGUCUAUCUAAAGGCAACUGCGCUGGUCGCAACUCUCCUCAAACAACUAGCUGCCCUUCCACAGCCCUACGGCACACCUCCCCUCCCACAUGCGUCCCAAGAUCAGCAUCCAUUCUUGCGGGACUUGUCUGAUCCCUUGGCCACGGCCCAUUCCUUUGCCGAUUCUACCUCGGUAGAUCACACUACCGUCUCCUACUCGACUCAUACGUCACCUUCCUCGGUCGACAUGGAUUUCAAGAUUGAUUUUGGUGACACGACCGGUGUCCAAUCCCGCGGCAAGAAAGCCGCCAAACAGGCCGCCAAAAAGGCCCAGCAGGCCAAGUGGGCGGAAUCCGAUAAUGAAGGAAAUGGAAACACCGCUGGCGACGGCGGCGACGGCGGUGGCGACGGCAAUGGCGGAGGAGACAACGGGUCUGGUGCGGGCGGAGAUGGCAAUGGUGACGGCGGCAAUAAUGGAGGAGGCGACGAGGAUGACUGGGCCUUUGGUGGCGGCAAGAAGAACAAGAAAAAGACCGCCAAACAGAAACAAGAGGACGAAGAGCAGAAGCGGAAAGAGGAGGAGGAGGCUGCCAAUGCAGCCAAUAACUUGAGCUGGGCAGAUGAGACCAAUGAUGCCGCUGGCGGCGACGACUGGACCACAGGUUUCGGCACAAAAAAGGAUAAGAAGAAGAAAGGUAAAAAGGGCCUCGACGAUUUCCCCGCGGAUCCUCCAGCAUCGACGGCAUUUCAGGAGAUCAGUCUCGAUGAUUCAGCUCCAAAGCUCGAAUUCAGUUUCGGUGGUGUGGACAGCAAGAAAGAUACAGGUGGAUUCAGUGCGUGGGGCAAGACCUGGGAUUUCGGUUCUCUUGAUAAUGGCACUACUGACAAAGCAGAUUCUAAAGACUCCAAAAAAGAUUCCAAAACAGCGACUAAUGAUUUUGGUGACAACAACCCUUGGUCAGGCGGAGGCAAAGCCAAAAAGAAGACCACCGCAUACGGCACUAAUUUCGACUUUGACGAUUUCAAUGCCGAAGAACCUUCUCUCAAUUUCGAUGGUGACAUUGGCCAACCCAAAGCUGCUGCCGAUGAUGCCUGGGGAUUUGCAUCUUCCGGCAAGAAGGACAAGAAGAAGAAGGACGAGGUGCCUGAGAAGGAAGACUCAACAUGGGGAGCUUGGGGCGCCAAAACGAAGAAGAAGACGGGCUUCUUCGGGGAAGAUCCUGAAGUGCCCCCGCCACCUCCUGCCGCACCAGAGCCUGCCAGUGCGAUUGAUAACUCUUUCGAUUGGGGAUUCGGCAAAAAGGACAAAAAGUCGAACAAGGGCCUGAUCAGUGAAGUUCCAGAGAUGGAUGAAUUCCUGGCAGCACCCGAUCCGCCUGCCCAGGCAGACAAAGCUGACGGCGGUGAUGACUGGAUGUCUGGGGCGUGGGGAAAGAAGACCACCACAAAGAAAGGCAAAAAGGGUAUCGAGGAUCUUUCGUCCUCCAUGGAUCUCGGAUUUGCAGGAGAUUCCAAACCAACCGCAGAAGCAGCCCCAGCAGAGGAUGAUACUUGGGGUGGCUUCAGCACGGCAAAGGGCAAGAAAACCACAAAGACGAAAAAGGGUUCAUUCUUUGACGACCCAAUUCCCGAGGCACCGGUGGCUCCUGAUCCACCUCCUGCGAAUGGCGAUAUAUGGAGUACUUUCGACAAGAAAGACAAGAAGGGAAAGAAAGGCAUGUUCGCAAGCCCUGAGCCUUCGAUUCCAGAUCCCGCCUUUGAUGCUCAAGAUGACUUUGACCCUGUCAAAGAACAACAAAAGGAACCUGGCAUGACUUACGACGCCUACAUGGCACUUUCGUUGAAAGACAGGAAAAAGAAGGAGAAGGAAUUUCUCAAAAAGGGCAUACCUAUCCCCAAGGAGCCCGAGCCCGAGCCCGAACCCGAACCUGAACUUUACGAAGAACCAAAGGAAGUGGCAAUGAGCUACAGCGAUUGGAUGUGUCUGACAAGCAAGGAACGAAAGAAGAAGGAAAAGGAAUACAAAGAAAAGGGCAUCCCGAUUCCAACGGAAGAGCUCUUCCUCGAAGAGGAACCGCAGGAACAACAGGAGCAGGCCAUGAGCUACGGUGACUGGAUGUCUCUCACAACCAAGGAACGACGCAAGAAAGAGAGAGAAUACAAUGAGAAAGGCAUACCGAUUCCAACUGAAGACACGUUGAUUGAGGAAGCACCUCUAGAACCACAGGAGCAGGCCAUGAGCUACAGUGACUGGAUGCUACUAACAACCAAAGAACGCCGCAAGAAGGAGAAGGAGUACAAUGAAAAGGGUAUCCCGAUUCCAACAGAAGAUGCAUUCAUCAUUGAAGAAGAACCUCCAAAGGAGAAGGGGAUGAGCUACGUCGAAUGGAUUUCCUUGUCCACCAAGGAACGAAGGAAGAAGGAGAAGGAAUAUGCAGAAAAGGGAAUUCCGAUCCCAGAACCAGAGCCUGAACCCGAGCCUGAGCCCGAGAUACCUGCAGAGGAGCCUGGACCAAAAGGAAUGAGUUACGACGAGUAUAUGGCUUUAUCGCUCCGUGACCGCAAGAGAAUAGACAAGGAAUACAAAGCCAAGGGGAUUCCCAUCCCCACGGAACCUGAGCCCGAAUAUGAACCGGAACCUGAGCAGCCAUUUGAAGAGCCCAAACUUGAAGGUAUGCCCUAUUCUGAGUGGAUUGCGUUGUCAUCCAAGGAGAGAAAGAAAAAGGAGAAGGAGUAUAUGAGUUUGGGCAUUGCAAUACCCACUAAGCCAGAACCUGAGCCUGAGCCGAUCAUUGAGGAGCCUCAAGAACCACAAGGCAUGCCUUACUCUGAAUGGAUUGCACUGUCAUCAAAAGAGAGGAAGAAAAAGGAGAAGGAGUAUGCUGCCCAAGGCAUUCCGAUCCCUACAGAACCAGAACCGGAGCCGAUCAUUGAGGAGCCUCAAGAACCACAAGGUAUGCCAUACCCUGAAUGGAUUGCAUUGUCAUCAAAAGAAAGGAAGAAGAAGGAGAAGGAGUAUGCUGCCCAAGGUAUUCCGAUCCCUACAGAACCGGAGCCGGAGCCAGAGCCAGAGCCUAUAGUCGAAGACUCUGGACCAAAAGGCAUGUCUUAUGCUGAGUGGAUCGCACUGACACCAAAGGAGAAGAGAAAGAAGGAGAAGGAGUAUAUCGCCCAAGGUAUUCCUAUUCCCACUGAACCGGAGCCAGAGCCGGAGCCUGCUUGGGAAGAAUCCGCACCUCAAGGCAUGAGCUAUGAGGAGUGGAUGGGCCUGUCGACAAAAGAGAGGAGGAAAAAAGAGAAGGAGUACAUUGCACUAAAUAUCCCGAUUCCUACUCCUGCGCCUGAACCUGAGCCUGAGCCUGAAAUCCUCCCUGAAGAGCCAAAGGACGAGGGUAUGAGUUGGGACGCCUGGAAUCUACUCUCACUAAGGGAUAGGAAAAGGACAGAAAAAGAGUACAAGCUUAAAGGUAUACCAAUUCCCACAGAACCGGAGUAUAAGCCUGAACCUGUACCGGAAGUCGUUGAGAAGCCAAAGCAGGAAGGAAUGACGUAUACAGAGUGGAUGGCUCUUACACCGAAGGACAGGAAAAAGAAGGAAAAGGAAUAUCAGAAAGCUGGCAUUCCAAUUCCUACUGAAGAAGAAGUUGUUCCAGACCCUGUACCUGAGGUGAAAGAAGAUACCUGGGGCUCUUGGGGAGGUUCGGGCAAGGACAAAAAGGAGACCAAGAAGAAAGGCUCAAGUUUUCUGGAUUUCGGCAAUGAGCCAGCUGCAAAUGAGCCUGAAGAUCAAGGUGGCGAUAGUUGGUCACCUUGGGGUGCCAAAAAGACAACCACCAAGAAGAAAGGAUUCAUGGAUUCGAUUGACGAGCCCUCGGACACGACAUUGGCAGCCAAAGAGGUGGACACAUGGGCAGGUAUAGGACUUUCUGCAAAAGACAAGAAAAAGAAGGACAAGGAUACCAAGACCAACAGUUUCCUGGACAGUUAUGAUGACCCUGCUCCAGCAGAGACUGAAGCUUCUAACAAUUGGAGCUUUGGUCUCGGAUCCAAAGACAAGAAGAAGGACAGUACCAAGAGCGGGUUCUUGGACAUGGAUGAUCCAGUUGGAGGUACCUCUACCAAUGACGGCUGGGGAAGUUGGGGUGGCGCAAGCACAUCCAAAGACAAGAAAGCGAAAGACCUAGCCACCACCAAGAAGAAGGGUUUCAUGAGUUUUGACGAUCCAGAACCCGUACCUGAGCCAAUUGCAGAACUGGUCGAAGAGAAUGCGGAUGAAGGUUGGAGUCCUUGGGGCGGAACUUCUUCAGACAAGAAAAAGAAGGAUGCAAAAACUACGAAGAGCGCUACGGACACCAAAACUUCCAAGACAGAGGAUCUCUGGGGAUCCAUCGGCAGCAAAGACAAGAAGGGCUUAUCCAAAACCAAAUCAAAGGCAGAGCCACCUCCACCAGUUCCUACACCACCCGCCCAGGGACUUUCACCAGUACCAGACCCCAUGGACUUUGGAGACAAUGAUUUUGGUGGUGAUACUUGGGCGCCGCUGACUGCCACAAAAAGCAAAGCCUCCAAAAGCAGCGAGGGUUCGAAGACAUUGACUGCAAAAGAUAAGCUCAAGAAGAGCAAAGUCGCCGAUGCUUUCGCCGCCUUUGAAGAUCCACCUGUUGUGGAAGAGCCAGCAGUCACAAAGAAGAGUAUGUGGGGUUUUGGUGCAGCUGCGGCCGCCGCGACUGUCACAGGUAUCAAGUUGACCAAAAAAGAGAAGGAGGCAAAGGCAAAGAAAGAAGCAGAAGAAGAGGCACAGCGAGAGGAAGAAGAGCGACUCGCAAAAGAGGCCGAAGAGGCCGAGGCAGAAGCUGCUCGAUUGGCUGAGGAAGAGGCUGCUGCGAAGAAAUCCAAGAAAACCAGCAAGUUGACAAAGACGAGCAGCAAGCCUGCCAAAGCCGCCGAGCCCGAUCUGCUGGACAUGCUGGAUGAGUCCGGGCCAGCCUCGAAAAGUUCCAAGCUUAAAAAGUCGACUCCGGGCAAGGAGGAUGACAAGAAGGCCGACGACUACUUUGGAAUCUGGGGAAGCGGGUCAAACAAGAAGACAGCUGGCAAGAAGGAGAUAGACUCCAAAAAGGAAAUUACCAAACAGGGGUGGGCCAAUCAAGACGAGCCGCUAGCAGAGCUCAACGAUGACUUUGAUCUUGGACUCGAUCUUGACAAGCCAACCAUUUCGUCAAAGACAUCAAAAGGCAUGACCGCUGGAAAGUCCAAGAUCGGUGGUUCAAUUGCAGACCGCAUCAAAGCAUUGGAAACUUCUAAAGAAGGGACCGGAAAGAAGUCGAAGUCAGAAUCGCCACUUACUAAAGAUUCGCCUCCGCCAGAAGAGACGCUAUCGCCCAAAGAGGAAAAGCAGCGCGCGGAGAAGGCGUCAGCCUCGACCUCAGCCUCCAAGACCAAGACAACAACUUCAUCCAAGUUGACCAAGAAGCCCGGCAACGCGUCUCUCAUCACAGAAGAACGUAAAUCAAAAGAUACUGUACCUGGCAGCUUCCCCGGCGCAUUUGGCGACGACUAUCUCGACGAGAUUAAUGCAACUGACCCUUCUAUGCCUCCAUCCCCAGAAAAAGUCAAAUCAAAGGCAAAGGCUGCAGACAAGAAAGGUGUCAAAUCCAAGACAACAACACCAAAAGCAUCGGCAGCGAGAGAUCUGGAUCUUUUGGACGACGAACCCGAAGUUUCCAAACUCCCCACGCCUCCACCAGAGGAAAAGAAAUCCGCCAAGAAGGAACGUCCCAGAGUCGAAAGGUCAGCAACAUCAUCCUGGGGCUUUUGGGGUGCUGCUCCUCCACCCAAAAAGUCAUCCAAGGAGAAAUCGAAAGAAGACGACGAAUCCCCACCAACAAGCAAAAAGGCCAAGUCACCCCCACCAAUGAUUCGAUCAAAGUCAACCAAGACACCAAAAGAAAAGGAACGUGAUGAUAAGAAGGAUUCCGAAAAAUUGUCCAAGUCUUCUGGCUCCGAUCAAGACCGCAAACCAAAAGCUACUGAGCGGCCAAAGGCGAACCGGGGCACGAGCUUUUCGAAUUUCAUGUUUGGUGGCCCUCCUCCUUCCGCCAUGCGCGCAUCAACUUCAAAGCGACCCGGCAGUGCAGCAAGCUCUCGUCCUUCGUCGAGAAGUCGAGCGGAAGAUGGUUUGGUUUCACCACCCCCAGAGGAUGAGAGCCCAAUCAAUUCCAAGGCAGCCAAGCUCAUGGGCAUGAAGUCUGGAAAAAUGGAGCGGAGGACAUCAGUCAAGUCAAAGUCCAAAGGUCCACCUGAUCCGUACCCCAUCGAUGAUGAUGAUAUGGUGAUGAUUCACACUCAUGAUGACCAACAAGAAGAUGGGCCGGUCAAGGGGAAGUCCAAGACUAAAGCUUCCAAAUCUAAAAAAGAGGUAGGUGGAAAGUCCUCCUCGAAGCUUCCUGGACAUAUCGUUCGUCCAUCAUGGUCGCCGGAUUUCGUGAAGGUGGAGCGUGCUGACGGAAGAAUUUCAUAUACACAGAUUAAAUCAUCGACCAGGCAUGUUUCAAACGACCACGAUGUUGUCAUGGUUGACCACGGUGAUCCGCUUGUCACCAGCGGGCCUGAUGACCUUGCCUUUGUGGACCAUCCUCCAGCUCUCAAGAGAAGCAACACAGCUCCUCGAAAAUCGACUGGCUUUUUUGGUAGCUUUUUUGGUGGUGGCAAAGUCGUUGAUCCUGAACCUAGACCACGGAGCCAAACAUUGACGGAUGCUGAAGAUCAUCAGAGUCUUCCUAUUCGCAGUAAAGAUCGAUCCAAGCGACGAUCUCGAGCAGUGGAUGGUGAUGGGUUUACUACAGAUGCACCUGCUGAAACUGAUGCUGAUGUUGAAGCACGACGUGUUGAACGAAGAGCGAAGCGAGAAGAACGUGAUCAGGUGGAAGAAGCCGGACGAGCGGAACGAGAGCAAAGACGGCGUGAGAGACGAGAACGCGAGAAGGCCGAUUUGGAAGCUCACCAACGCAAAGCACGUGAACGAGCUCGAAAAGAGCAAGAAGCCGAAGACCAGCGACGAGAAGAAAAACGAGCCCGUCGACUAGCAAAAGAAGCUCGUAUUCAACAAGAAGAGCUCGAGAUUAGCCAGGAAGCAGAGAGGAAACGUGAAGAACGGAGACGUCUCCGCGCUCAACUUGAAGCAGAGCAGGGAGCCAAGCACGAAGCGUCAAAAGAAGAUCGCCGACGCACAUAUGAUGAGGAGGAAGAUGAGAGGCGAAGGAAGCGCGAACACAAAUCAAGAGAUAAAGAUCGUGCCCGCUCUAGUCGUCAUCGCCCAAGUGCUCUCGCCGAAGAGUACGACAAGAGUCGCAAUGGCGGUAAGGGAACCCCACCACCCGCCAACAAGACAAGCUCCUGGAUCAAUUCCCAAGCCGACGAGCCACCCGAGCUUCCACCCGUUGCCGAGACAAUCCUGGAUCCCAGCGGCGAGAAACCCCGCGCCGUUGCCGACGACGAGUAUGAUCACAAACGCCGAAGUCGCAGGCGCGACAAAUACGGCGGAAUGACCGAUGCUGAGAUUGAAGAGCACCGGGCACACAGGAAGAGCUCCAGGCGUGCAGAGGGCAAGAGUCACAGCGGUGGCAGUGACGAACGUGCCGAUCGAGAUCCAGACCGCAGAGAGCGUCGAAGACAUCGUGACCGAGACCCUGCUGAUGAACGUGGCUCUGGUGGUGCUGGCGGGUAUGGCUAUGAUGAAGCCCCUGUCAGGACUUUCGACGGUCGGCCCACGAUCGGCAGAAACGAUAGUAAGCGGCGCAGCUUUCUUGGGGGUCUCUUUUGA